AUGACCAGCAUCAAGGGCCCCGGCGCACCAGAGACCUUCGACGGCUCUGAUCUGCGCAUUGCCAUCGUGCAUGCUCGCUGGAACACCCAGAUCAUUGACAGCUUGGUCGCCGGUGCCAAGAAGAGCUUGUUCGCUGCUGGUGUCAAGGAGGAGAACAUUACCAUUCAGACUGUUCCGGGCAGUUAUGAGUUGCCAAUUGGUGUGCAGCGAUUGAACCCCUCCCCUCCCCUCUUCUCUUCUCUUCUCUUCCCUUCUUUCCAUACGGACCCAGGGAAUCCAUCUGCUAAAGUUUACAUCGGGAAAACAUCCAGUCUCUACGCCGCCUCUCAAGUCCAAGCCAGCCAGACCGGUGAAGGUAUUAGCGCCACAGACCUUCUCUCCGCAUCUACCUCUGACCUGAGCAAAUCGGCCAACGCUCCAUCCACGCCCCAGAAGAAGGCAUUCGACGCCAUCAUCGCCAUUGGCGUGUUGAUCAAGGGUGCCACGAUGCACUUUGAAUAUAUUGCCGAUGCGGUCAGCCACGGCCUGAUGCGGGUGCAGUUGGAUUCUGGAGUGCCCGUGAUCUUUGGUCUGUUGACGGUGUUGACGGAGGAGCAGGGGUUGGAGAGAGCUGGGUUGGGCAAUGGGGGGAUGCACAAUCAUGGUGAGGAUUGGGGGAGUGCGGCGGUGGAGUUGGGUGUGAAGCGUCGGGAUUGGUCUGAGGGGAAGAUUCUUUAG